UUAAACUGUCAUACUUUGUGUCCAUUCAGCCACGGUUUUUACCUUGCUUCUGUCUAUUAAAAUUCGUCCAAUAUUUCUCACCUCAUUCUAUUUGUUCCGUUGCUUGUACCUGCUCGUUGGCGGGAGAAUACGUCAAGUUCGUAGCACGAAAUUCUAUCAUUAAAAUCUAUUAGAGGAAAACACUGAUAUAGUGCAUUGACGUAGAAUAAAGAAGUACACAUUGUUUGAAGGGUGCGAUGAAUUGUUUAGAUUUAAAUCGCUUUGUAAAAGAAGUUGACCUCUUGAAGGUGGCUGCAGAAAUCCUGGAAGGUUCAGAUGCUAACGGAACUUCAUUAUGUUAUAAAGCUAUGGUACAAGUAGAGGAAAUGAAGGAAGGGCUUCAGACCCUGAAGAUUCUUGUAGAUGAGCAGAAGGCCCAAAUAGAGACGUGCAAGGAACUUCUUGCUACUGUACACCAUAUUGGAAAGGUAACAGAACAUAUCGAAAGUAAUUUACCAGGAAGGUAUGUCUACAGUGUUGAAGAUGCAGUUGGCACAGAAAAGGUGUCAGAAAGGAAUAUGGAGUACCUUUCCCCCUGUCAAGGACCUUGGACUGGAAUGUCACCAUAUUAUUGUGCAUCUUCAAAUAAACAUACAGUGCAGUCACCUCGUCCAUACAUCAUGUAUUUGAAACUUGAAGAAUUUGAUAAGAUACCAAAAUACAUGAAAGGCAGAUUGACUUACGAGAUGGUGAACAAUUUUAUUGAUUCCUUCAACAUGGCAAUGGAGAAGAAAUAUCAGCUUUUCAGUUGUCCUAGAAAUACCCUCAAGGGAAAGAAGUUGAUCGAAUAUGAUACAUUCAAGAAACAGGAAACCAGAGAAACAAUAGAAAAAGGAAUUUAUUUUUGUGUUAUGGACGACCUCAAGACACUUGGCAACAUAAAAAUGGUUAAAGCAUCAUACAACUUGCUGAACAUUCUGCGGAACACUCGACGCAUGCGAGAAAUACGUACUCCUGGAGUAGUUCGUUUUGCUGUUUCUAACUGAACAGAAUCCAUUAUAACACGAUGUCGACCAAAACCGCCAAUGAUAUAUAUGUCAUCUUCCAGGCAGCAGACUGAGUGAUGUCUCCGUGGGGUAGCUAUGCUGAAACACCAUACAGAUCACUUGAAAACUUCCUAUUUUACUAAGGGUAGUAAAGAUUUACUGCAAUAAAGUUGUGUUUAUCGUGA